AUGGCUGCUUGCAUUAAAGACAGAGACCUGUCUAACUCGAUUCUGCGCGAAACCUUUCAGGGACCAGACCACGCGGACAUGGACAUUGAUCCCAGCCCUGCUCAAGAGCCGCGCUCUUCGCGCAAACAUCUGCGCACCAGCGACGAAUACGACGACGCAGAAUGGAGCUCCGAUGUGUCAGGGCGAUUCGACGAUGCGGAUGAGCCGGAACCAGAAGAAUCCAAGACUCCCUCGGCCAAGUCGGUCAAAAGGCGCCGUUCGAACGAUUGGCCUCUCCCAGAAGAAGCUGCCGACUAUGGGAAUGCCGACUGUCGCAACGGGCGCAACGGUCAUGUCAAUUUUGGAGCAAGUCAGAAGUCUUCUCCGCGCACUUCUGCAACAUCUUUGCGCAGCAGGAACAAGGUAGUAGCGUUGACGAACAGUCCUCGGCAUCAUCGUCUAGGGCGCCGGUCUCGAUUUGUCGAAGCCAGCAUGAGUGAUAGUGUUAGUGAAAAGCCACCAAGCAUCUUGUUUCAAGAAGGCAAGCCCCCCGGGCCUCAGCAUCGGCAAUCUGGGAUCUUUCGUUUUGGCAAAGCCAUCGCGUCUGCCUUCAAUCCAUUUGGCGGGUGGGGACGAAUCUCGCCCGACUCGGAGCAAGCCAACAAGGCUGAAUCGCAGAAAACCGCCCUCAGCCAAGCCGAGGAGGCCUAUGCAGAACUCAAACGGGCUGGGUAUAAAGGAACCAACAAAGGCGCCUACUUGCAGGGUCAGUCCGUGAACCCUAGUAAUGCUGACCAGACCUGGCAUGCAAUCCAAGAAAAGAUGGGAUGUGGUGCUGCCCCUCAUUCCCCAUCAAAGAGCAAUAAACGCUCUUCCUUCCAAGAUUUGCGAAGAACAGCCUCAAUCGGGUUGCCAUUCAUGAAACACCAUGAGCAACAGCCCGCCCACAAUUCAUCUCUCUGUCAAGACCAUCCAUCUGAAGAUUCUGAAAAUGCAGCACCCGGACUGAAGAAGCAAAAGUCUCGCCGGGAAAUCUCUCGGGAGGCCAAGUUAGUGAGGAAGGUCAAUACGCUGGAGGAAAAACUGGACCGAGCUCGCCGUGAACUUCGAGAGCUGAGCGGAAAUGAAGGGAAAUUGCUGGCUCCGGUGCCUGAACCCACUUGUAUGUCCAUUGAGAUGGACCCUGGAAAUUACCCUCGGAAGUUUGUUCCUGGUGCACUUCCAACCCUGCCAUCGGAGCGCUUGCUUGAUCAACAGACCAUCCUACCGGCAUCACCCACAGCUGACGCCAACCAAGCGACGGUACCAUCUACCGUGGAGGACCAGCGUGUCCCGAAGGAUGAAUAUCGGCAAGUGACAAUUGAUUCGGCAAAGUCUCCCAAACGGCGGUCAAAAGACCCACGGCCGUCCUCUAUGGGUAAGGAGAGCUCUUCACUCAAAAGGAAGUCACCAGUGCCUGAACAUAUUGCUAGUGGGAUCCCUGUUCAGCCCAAUCAGACGGACCGUCUCGACAAGCUCACGUCCGAAAGUGAUCACAUAGUUGAUACCGAUCUUCUCACCACUCCGCGACAAUCGAAAUGGCAAAAAUUCGAAGCUGGUGAUAGCCCGGGAGCAGCUCUCCCCACAACCAGUCUCAAACCCCCCUCGGCUGGCAUCGAUGACUCACUCGAUGUCAAGACUAUACAAUCGUCGUCUGCUCUUCGGACGCAACGCCGGCGAUCCAACCUCCGCCCUGACUCUCUAGCCCAUGUCGACAGUGGUCCCGAUCUUGCGUCCGAACUCUCUAUUGACUUUGAAUUGUCGCCUCCCCCUCAGCCUAGUAACGCGCACCAGUCAUUCUAUCUUCAAUCUCAUCGUGAUCUCGACCCUGAUCGUGCCCCUCGCUCCUCUCCGUCUAAGUCCAGACCAGGUCUUAAUCGGCGGCGCAGCCGCGAUACCAACAUUCCCCUGUCCCGCCUCUACCCAAAGAACUGCUCUCGAGUGCUGCCAAAGUUACCAGGUCGCCCUCGAAGAGAACCCAUUCUCGGCAAGGCUCUGCAUCGAGUGUACUAUCUUCGCAGCCUCUGA